AGCCCGAGAAUGAGAAAAAAUUGAAAACAUGGACCAAAAUACAUUUGCCUGUUUAUCGAUCGAAAGUAGCAAGAUAGACACUUCAAACGCUUACACAUCGGGUGACACUGUGCUAGUAGACCACGCCAAUUUUGACAAAGAUACAAAUUAUACGGAUGUUUACCAGUUUCAAGCUCCAAAACAAGUGGAAAUAGUUCAUGCUAAAAAUGCUAAAUUAUGUCAAAUUUCGCCAGUAAACAGAAAAGGACCGAAAAAUCCGGGUGAAGCUGAGACCACUUGUCAUUUACGGAAUUUUGACAAUGGAAAUUCAGUUGGUUCCGACACCACGCGGAUAAUGGGUGCCAAUCACUCUUAUUCGCUUAAAAGUCGACAGGAUAUGAGGAAAAAUGGAGAGGAGAAAUUUAGCAGCACUGACGAACUGUGUUUUAGACCAGAAAUAUCUGACCCAAUACCUCAAGGAGACUUUAAUACCAUGUCUAAGAGGGAGAUGGCUUCCAUUCCAGCCAGUACUGGCACAAAGGAAAAUGGACAAUUUAGCUAUGCUUACAGCGAGGCCAAAUGUAACACAACACCCAGGAAUAGGGUGAGAUUAGGAGAUUAUACAGAACCAGCUGAUGCCACUAAUUUUACGUGGGGACAUAAAUCUCGGAAACCUGAUAAUAGUAGUGAGGUUUACAGUGAUCCUUACGAGCCUCGACGUCUUAGUGAUAAUUUAAAGCAAAGUCCAAGUUGGAAACGCCGUCUCCACCCAGGUGGUGGAGUAGUCUACGAGCUGGCGCAAACACCAGAAGUCAUUUACGAUCAUCCUCCUUCUCAACAGGAGGAGACAGAGGAGGAGGAUGAAGAUGCUGAUGAUUACGAUAAACUUGAUCGCAACAGGUCUAGAUCAUCGGGUGAAAAGAAGAAAAACAAACUUCCAGAUAAUUAUGAUCACGUUCCACCAAAACUAGAGCCAGAAAUUAAAAAUGAUGAUGAUUAUCUGUUAGCUCAACCUAUUGGUUGUGAUCAAAAACAAUUAUUUAAAAAUCAAGAGAGUGCUACGUACAAUUUAAAUAAAUCUAGUGAAGUUAAAUCCAUUGAAACCAUUGAGAGGAGAUCGAGCCAACCCAGUGAAAACAGACCACUUCAACCCUUACCGAUUAAAAAUGGACACAUGGAUGAUCCAUCGAUUUAUGAAGAGCCGUGGGAUUCUCAGGUAAAGCAAAUGGAAUUACAAAAGAAAAUACAGCGCGCCCACAGUCGAACGGAAGAUCACGCAAAAAUAGCUUCUCAAUUAUCAACCCCUUCCUCUUCGUCGUCUUCAUCUCUAGGUGAUAAACUUAACUCCCCUGAAACCAAAAUAACUAUCCGAUCUCCAAGUAAUAACUCUGCAAACUUUUACGAAGAUGCUUGGGACUCCCCUAAAAGACAACAACAAUUGCAAGAACAGUUACGCAUGGCCCACAGUGUUUCCAAUUCUUCAUCUUCGUCAAAUACCUAUGAAGAUGCUUGGGAUACACCUGAAAGACUUUCACAAGUUCACCAAAAAAUUCAGCGCGCUAUGAGUCAUGAGGCUCCUGCAAAACCUCGCCCAGCUGUCAAUGAGAUGGGAACGUACGCAGAACCGUGGGACACGGCAGCAAGACAGAAAGAAUUACAGGACAAAUUACAAGCUUCACAUAUUCGAGCACAAAGGAAACAGAGUGGAGGUAGUUUAUCGGCACAUUCUACAAGUUCUCAAUUAUCAGUUGGUUCAUCAGGAUCACCCUCUAGUCCCACUAGACGUAACAUGUAUCCUGAUUAUCGUACUGAAGACAUCAUGGAUCAUUCCAGAUCUAAAGGACGUAGAAGUAGUUCAACAAAAUCAACUCAGUCAAUGAGUCCAUCAUCUGGAGGAUCACCAACACAUCGUAGUCGACAACAAUGUUGUACUUUUGGUGAACGUAUCAACCCUCUAAUACCUGUAGAUAGUCAAAGUUGGUAUCAUGGUAAUAUAUCCCGCCAAGAUGCAGAGAAUAUUUUACGUGUUUGUAAAGAGGGAAGUUUUCUAGUAAGAGAUAGUGAAUCUGAUAGAGGACAAAAGUCACUCUCACUUAAAAGUUUUCGUAUGAACAUUCAUGUCAAGAUAAUAUUAAAAGUCACUGGAACCUACAUCCUGGGUGAAAAUAGUCGCGAUUUCAACUCUAUUCCAGAAAUGAUAGACUAUUAUACAUGUCAUUUAUUACCCUUGAAAGGAGCAGAACACAUAACAUUACUUCACCCAGUAGAUUGUAAGUGGGCUGAACAAAAACAGUGAUCAUUUGUACAGUUUUCGAGUCUGGUUAAGAAAGAGUGUCCAUUUUGGAUGUCUUGAUGACCCAGCCUAAUCACACCAGACUUUAGCUAAUAGGUUUUGGUUGAUCAGGACAAAUAUAUCUUAUCUGGACAAUUUUUGUGCAUUGACUGAUUGUGGUAUUAACUGAUGUUAAUGUAGGGAUUAAUAGAGGUUACAGAAUACCUCAAGGGAUGAGUGUGACUGUGAUAAAACAUUCCCUGAUGUAAAGGGAGUCAACUCCAUAUACCAGAAAUUAUCUAAGUAGAGAAUUGGACAAUUUUCUUGAAUUUUGAGAGAGUUGAAUGUUAAAAUAAGACAAGACAGGACAGGUUUAUUUCUUUGUAAAUUCAUUUCUUAAGACCAAUUAUUCGUCCCAAUAAUAUAUUUUUUCUCAUUUAAAAAUAACCCUUUAGUAUCGGCCUUCUUACAGCUUCUCCAUCAGAAAAUUAAUCCAUAUUUUUCUGCCUAUUCUUAGCCUAAUAGCAAUAUGUGUACUCCUUAGCUGCUGUAACAUAGAAUAUUUUUUAAAUUUACAAGCAGAUUGGCAUGAAAGAGAUAUCUGGUCUUUCAAAAAUCUUUUUUGAUUGCAUAUUGUAUGUAACACAUUGUACAUAAAUGUGUAUUAAAUUUUGAUUGCAUAUUGUAUGUAACACAUUGUACAUAAAUGUGUAUUAAAUUUUGUAAAGAUUAAAAAAACAGUCAUAAUAUUUACAAUACAGCCAUAUCAUUAUUUAUUUGUAUGUAAAUGUAUUUAUUUAUAUAAGCAUAGAUAAUAAACAUAUUUAUAAAGAGGGAACAAAUACAAAUAACACUACAAAAGAAAGAAAUGUUACGAUAAGAUCAACAUUUAUGAUCAUCACAUUCAUUACAUGUAUCUCUCAAAAUAAUGACCUAUUUUCAACCUUUUGGUAUCCUCAAUUAUUUUUAUGCUCCCACAGUUAUCAUGGACAUACUUUUGUAUUUUGUGAAAAUAAAUUUAAAAGGACUUUACAUAUUGGACUAAACAGUUUACAAUAAUAUUUCUAUACAAAGAUUUGUAAAUUUACCUAGUUUCAGUGCAUGUAAUAAUAUCUUAUCUGAUGCCAAUGGUUCCUAUCUUAUACUAGAUUGAUUGUCUCAAGUUAUGGUGAAUAUUUGAACUAAAUUGAAGCAUAUAAUAUGUCAACAGGUGUAUAUCAUGAAGACUUGUGUAAAUAGUUCCUUUUAUAAUCAGGCUUUGAUCUCACCAAUUUAUUUAUAGCUUUGUCAUUUAACAAAAUAUAAUCAUGAGAGCAAAAUAACCAAAAAUAUAUGCAAAUUUAAGACCCAUCAUAUUUAUUUAAAUAUCUUAAUAUUUUAAUAUGUGUAAUCAUAAUUAAUCCACAAAUUUUAUGUAUUAUAUAAUAACCAAUACUACAUGCUUGUAAUAGAUGUUUAGGCUUCCACUGGAUACAUGUACAGUAUGUGUGUGCAAGCUUAUGUGUUUAAUAUGAAGUCAAAAGGUACAUGGAUUGAGGACAAUUUCUAUAUUAUUUCACAGGCAUUCUUUAAUUCUGCAAGUCAAUUGAAUAUUUUGGAGCUUGUUUUAAUAAUAUACGAUUUAUUGUAUUGACAUUUACCUACAGUAAACAGGCUAUGUGUAGCAAUAUCUGAUUGAUCAUAAGUUUUUAUUAUGGUACAAAAAAGGUCCAGAUCUCUUUUUAGUCAAUCAGAUAUCAAGGUAUGUUAAAAGAGCUAAGCCUGUAACUCAGUAUUUUCCAUAAAAUUCGAAAUUAAAAACGCAAAUUGAAAUUCAAUAUCGGUCUAUUUCAAUCAAUAUUGAUGUUGUUAUCUUGCCAUGAAAAUAUGGGAUCCAAAUAUCCAAUAUUCAAGAUAUAAUGAACAUGUUGAAAUCACUACACAAGUUGUGUAUUACAGUUUCGGAUGCCAUUUGUAAUGAACAAAGAAAAGCAUUUCCUACACAAACGAUGUUAUCUUAAUCAAAAAAAAUGUGUAGAACGGACUAAUUAGGCAUAAACGACUGUGGUUCAAUUUGGAUUAUUCCUGUAUUUCACUGAACAUAUUGAUUAGAAUUUACAAUAGAAAAUUUAAAAACUUUCUAUACAUUCAUAUUACAUUAAUAUGUGCUUUUAGACCCGUUUUCGUCUAUUUUAAGGAUCUAAAAAUAGAGACAUAAGCCCUUUAAGGCUCUUGUAUAAAUUUCAACUUCCAUGUCUAUGCCAUCUGUACUAUGAUAACACAUUUUACACAUUAGUAGAAUACAAUUAAAUAUUUAUCAUUUGAGAAUGCCUUUGAAUUUUUAUACACCCACAUUUUCAUGUGGACAUAUAUUGUCGUCGCCUCUGUCCGUCCGUUGACAAUUUGUUUGUGGGCACUCUACAGGUGACAAUUUUUAUCCCAUUUUGAUGAAACUUGAUAUAUAGGUUUAUCUCCCAAAUAACUCGGUAUCCGAUUUAAAAAAAAAGUUCAAAUAUUCCACCGUAAUGACAUUUGAGUUUAAAUUUCAUGAAAAUCGGACCGAAACUGUCUGACAAAAUGGACGCUCCCCCGUACACAAAUAGUGCAAAAGUAUGUACAACUAAGGUUGUGGAGCCCCUAGAGGUCACAAUUUUAUCCGAUUUUGAUGAAACUUAAAAAAAUCUGUUUAUAUCCCCAAAUUCUGGGUUGCUUUAGAUACUUGUGCAUAUCGGACCGUAACUUUCUGGAUUAUGGCCCUUGAUUGCCUGAAAAUCACUUAGUCCAUCUCUUGCAAAAUGUGGGCAUAUCUUGCUUGUUUUUUCAUUUGGAAGGAGGUCAUACUUUGUUUUAUUUGUCCCGUUCAUCCUUUCGUACUAAGCAGAAUACAAAUAUGUGCAAUUUAAGGAUUUAUUUUGUAUAUUUAUAUGUUUGUGUUUAUAUGGACCAAUAGUGCAACUAUUGUUGAUAUUAAUCAAAACAAAAUAUUAGUUGGUUGCUACAAAAAGUUCAAUUUAUCUGUAUUGUCCAUCUGAUUGCCUUGGAUUUAAAAUUAAUCUUAGGUCAAUAUAUUAGGACUUAAUAUGAAAUAAAAAUUGACACAAACUUUGGAAAAUAUUGAAAAAGUAGUUACUAUUGUUUUUAUACAAAAUAUUUUGGAGCAAUCCAGUCAUUUAUGUUCAAUAUAAAUUCAAAGAGAUGGUAUGUUAUAUUUGGAAUAAAAAUCUCAACGUUAUACAACUGUGAUGCGUUUUAUUUUGAUCCAAGGGCUUUGUUGUUAUUUGAACAUAGUUCCUAGAAAAUCAUAAAUCCAUUUUGAUGCCGACAUAGAAAUGUUAUGGUAGAUAAAAUCGCUCGUAAAUUGACGUAGAUAAGAGGAUCUAAAUUGCUUUAUUUGUGUGUUUUUGAGAUUUUGUAAAGAUGAAUUGUUAUGUAUAUUGAGAGACGAUGUAUUAUUUAUAAAAGGAAUGCAUGUGUGUUUGAAAACCCCUGAGAUAUGUAUGUUUAUAAUUAUGUAAAAACAUAGUUUCUACUAUAGCCAAUAAAAAAUCAUUUGGUUUGUAUA